UUUAUGGCUUUGAGACCACUUUUCUCUCUUCCUCUUUCCUGGAUACCCAUUUUGGAGAUACUUCCAAAAUGUGCUUCAUUUGAAUGACACUCUACAAAAGACAUUAUGCUUUUUGAAUAUUCUUGGAUGAAUUCUUGGUUGCUAGAAGUGGAAAGAAGUUAAAGUUGUGUGUCAAAAUAGAAAGUUAAUUGAAGAGAAAGUGAUGGCAGCUAGCUUACUUUUUCCAGCUUUAAUGGUGGUAGGAAGGAUGAGAAAUGGCAAUGGAAAGUGAUGGACUUGCUUUUCAAUCCAAUGGAGAACACUUGAAGAAUUCAAAGAUUGUACUUUGUAAGGAUUUUUGGAGCAGCCUAGCCACUAGAAAAAAGAGAACAAAAAAGGCAAAAAGGGGGAUCAAAUAUGCCAACAGUGUGGUUCUCUCUGAAGAAAUCUCUACACUGCAAAUCAGAGCCAUCAGAAGUUCAUGAUCCAAAGUCAAGGAGGCAGUUGAGCACAAUCUUGACAAGAAAAGGAGGGAGGUCAGGCUGUUCAAGGUCUAUAGCAAACCUCAAGGAUGUGAUUCAUGGAAGCAAGAGACAUUUGGAAAGGCCACCAAGUAAUUGCAGCCCAAGAUCUAUAGGGAGCAGUGAGUUUCUGAACCCAAUAACCCAUGAAGUAAUUUUGAGCAACUCAAGGUGUGAGCUCAAAAUCACAAGCCUUGGUGGGUUCCAUGAAGGAAUUGGGUCUGGAAACAUCAACAAUGGUGGUGGUGGUGGUGGUUCAACAUUUGUGGAUACUCUAAGGCCAGGCACACCUGGCCCUGGUGGUCAAUCAACAGUGCACUAUUUUAAUCCAUCUUUUAGGACCUCAUCAACUCCUCCAAGGAAAAGUCCUUUUCUUGCAUCUGCAGAUAAUACAGAAGGGUCAGCGAAAGGUUCAGCUUUUCUUGGUAGUGGUGGAAUUCGUCAGAGCAAUAGGGUCUCCUUUGACAGCGUCGCAGAGCACUCUCAUGGUUCUUCUGCAAUAACUUGUCACAAAUGUGGUGAGCAUUUUACCAAAUGGGAAGCUGCUGAAGCACACCAUCUCUCUAAACAUGCUGUUACUGAACUUAUGGAAGGUGACUCAUCUAGAAAAAUUGUCGAAAUAAUAUGCCGGACAAGCUGGUUGAAAUCCGAGAACAAUUGUGGCCGGAUUGAGAGAGUGUUGAAAGUCCACAACAUGCAAAGAACUCUUGCUCGAUUCGAAGAAUAUCGAGAGAUGGUGAAAAUGAAAGCCAGCAAACUCCCUAAGAAACACCCUAGGUGCAUUGCCGAUGGGAAUGAGCUUUUGAGGUUUUAUGGCACCACUGUGGCCUGCUCCCUUGGUAAAAAUAGUUCCUCGAGUCUCUGUGUAUCAGAAAAAUGCUGUGUUUGUAGGAUCAUAAGAAAUGGGUUCUCUGCAAAGAAGGAGCUCAAGGAAGGGGUAGGUGUUUUUACAACUUCAACAAGUGGAAGAGCUUUUGAGUCCAUUCAAAUAUUAGAAGAAGAUCCCUCCAUGAGGAAAGCUUUGAUAGUCUGCAGAGUAAUUGCUGGGAGGGUUCAUAAGCCUUUGGAGAAUAUACAAGAAAUUUCUGGCCAAACUGGGUUUGAUUCUUUGGCUGGAAAAAUGGGUCUUUACUCAAAUAUUGAAGAGCUUUAUCUGCUCAAUCCUAGAGCUCUCCUUCCUUGCUUUGUGGUCAUCUGCAAACCCUGAAGAAACAAUCCUUUUCUUAUCUUUUUUGCUGAAUUAAAACUUAAAAAAGAAAAAGAAAAAAAAAGGCUUAGUGCAUCUAUAAUUAUGAUGUUAUGUGAAUUCCUCCUUUUUUUUUUUUUUUUCUAUUUUUUUGGGGUGAAGAUAUUUUCCCACUGAUUUUUGGAAGAAAAUUUAUUCUUCUUUCAAGACUCCAAGUCACCUACCAUUGUGUAAAAGUUGCGAUUGUCAGUCUCAAUUGUAUCUCUGCCUCUUCAGUUAAGGCCUGUGCUAUCAGUGUAACACUUUUUUUUGUGAAGAAUAUGAAUAUUUCUGCUGUCAUUGCAACAA